AUGCAAGAUGCUGCGCUGUUUGAAAGAUCUUCACCGAAUUUACUGGCGUCAAGCCAGUUAUCGGUCAAUGCUAAUGGCAACAACAGCAAAUCCAGCGAAAACAUUUCAGUAUCUCCUAAAAUAGAACAACUGGAUGAAAGCGAUGGGUCAGAGCGGUUGAAAAAUACCAACAUGAAUGCAAGUGUUCAGAAGAUUGCAAGUGAGACAACGCAGGGAUCAGAAGGACAAACGUCCUCACAUUCAUCAGCACCUUUGAUGUGGUCUGGUGCUACUUCAAUACCAGUUACCCAUUUGCCAGAAGAAACGUAUAUUCACGGGGUAACGCCUCUAAAUAAUGGCGGAAUUACAUUUCAGCAAUUUUCAACCAUAAAUUCAGGAUUGUAUCACUCUGGUGUUGCACCAAACGCAGUAUUGUCCCAGCACAACCGCAGAGCAAUAACAGGUCACAGUACUGUGAAUAAUUUCCCAAGACAGCAAACCACACUUAUGGUAAAUACAUGCAGCAAUCCAAAAAUGUUGCCCAACUGGAGUAACUCCCAGCAAGCUUCUUGGUCUCCUCAUCAACCUCAGGCAUCAUUGUAUCCGCCUUGGAAUGUUCAACAACGUAGAUCAGUGCCAAAUAUGAAUGCUUUAGCAGCAGCAGCAGCCGCUGCAGCAGCAGCAACUGUGAAAAAGCCAGCCAUGCAGCAGCAGCAGAUUCAACAGCCAUCUUUUUUGUCACCUUCAAAAUUCAGGAGAAGUACUUCAUUUCCAGGGCAUAUUCAAGCUUCUCUUGGAGUAAAAAAUCCUUACGACUUCACAGCUUUUGAUGACGUUGUGAAUUAUCAGAAUACUUCUAGCCAUUAUGACUCAAUGAAGUUUCCUUGUUUGGAAAACCAGCUACUUGACAUAAUGAAAAAUUCACCCCUGGAAGUUGAGGGAGUACAGAUGCAUGGUGACAAUUUGAAAGUUUCAGGAAAAAUGCCAUAUGUCAUUGAAGAUUCAGUAAUUGAUGAUGGUUCCCUUGACCAUACUGUGUCCAGUCUGGCAGUAACGUCUCAGUCAUCUAGUUCUCAAGGAAUAGACCGCAUUGAGCGGUUCUCUAGAAAAGUCUUUGUUGGGGGUUUACCUCCUGAUAUAGAUGAGGAGGAAAUAACCACAGCUUUUAGAAGAUUUGGUGCUCUUGUUGUUGACUGGCCCCACAAAGCAGAAUCGAAAUCAUAUUUCCCCCCAAAAGGUUAUUGCUUCCUGAUUUUCCAAGAUGAGCUUUCAGUUCAGAGUUUGAUUGAAUCCUGUCUGAUGGAUGAUGACAAGCUAUAUUGGUGUGUGUCUAGUCCCACCAUGAAGGACAAGCCAGUUCAGAUUCGUCCAUGGAGCUUAAGUGAUUCUGAUUUUGUGAUGGAUGGUUCUCAACCACUCGAUCCAAGAAAAACCAUCUUUGUUGGAGGUGUUCCCAGACCCUUAAGAGCAGUUGAACUAGCAAUGAUCAUGGAUCGUCUGUAUGGAGGUGUUUGUUACGCUGGCAUAGACACAGACCCUGAGCUGAAAUAUCCUAAAGGUGCUGGGAGAGUUGCAUUUUCUAACCAGCAGAGUUAUAUAGCUGCCAUCAGUGCACGAUUUGUGCAACUUCAGCAUGGAGACAUUGACAAAAGAGUUGAGGUUAAACCUUAUGUUCUGGAUGAUCAGAUGUGUGAUGAAUGUCAUGGAGCUCGCUGUGCUGGCAAGUUUGCACCAUUCUUUUGUGCCAAUGUGACCUGUCUGCAGUAUUACUGUGAGUACUGCUGGGCACAGAUCCAUUCUCGCCCAGGCAGAGAAUAUCAUAAGCCACUGGUGAAGGAAGGGGCUGAUCGGCCCCGUGCUGUUCCCUUCCGGUGGUGCUGA